AUGGAAGUUCGCAAUGCGGGCGCUCCAGUGAAGGCCGAAACAUCGCCAGGCUUACCCUCCCCCACACAGCCGCAGUCGUCCGAGUCACGGUGUUCAUCACCGUCGACAUCUUCCUCGCGCCAGAAGCGACCCUCCUCCGAUUCUGCCCCGCCACGCAAACGUGUUCGCCGUUGGCAUCAUCGCGGCUUCACCGGCUGCUCGACCUGUCGCCGGCGGCAUGUUCGCUGCGAUGAGGCUGCCCCGACCUGCAAGAAUUGCACUCGUCUGGGCCUCGAGUGCGAUGGCAUGCAGGGCCGGAUGACCUUUAAGGUGUACGGGCCUUCUCAGACCCCGCAAGCCAGCCAUUUAAGCGGGAAGCAGAAGAAGUCCGACAGCAGCCCAGAAUCCUCAGGCGAGUCAUGUGGCUCAGGAGCAGUCUCUGUGAAAUCGGAGAAGGUGAUGAAGGAAGAAUACGAGACCGUGGUGGUGUCUCCAACCACUCUGCCCCAAUGGACGGGCCAGACGCAGUUUAGCUUCCAGCAGCCGAUUCUACAGACCGAUCUUCGAUCAAUGGGCGUGCACUCCGCCGACGAUCAUUACUUUGCUCAUUUCGUCAAUCAGGUCUCGUGUCUGCUGAUCAUCUACGAGACCUCCCUCAAUGUCAAUCCGUAUCGCAGUGAUUUCCCCGAUUUCGCACAAUCAUCACCGUCCAUGGUGGCCGCCAUGCAAGCGUUGGGCGCUCUGCAUCUGGCGAAUACUUCGAGUGGGAUGGAACGGCAUGAGCACUUUGAACAGGCUAUUGGCAAGUAUGGGCAGGUCAUGAAGACUGUUCGGGACCGGCACGCGCUCCCCCACGGCCAGAUCGGAAUUCGGGACUUUGCCACCUGCUUGUUGCUCUGUCUCUUUGAGAUGAUGGAUUCCCAACACCAGAACUGGGAGAUCCACUUGAAGGGGGCCCGCGAAAUGUACAAGAUCCUCUUUUAUCCUCGGCCCGACAACCCUGCUGGGGAGGCACAGCGCAUCGCCGAGAUGAACCACCCUCUACGGUCCUUCCUUGUUUCUCUGCUGUCCUAUCUGGACAUGGCCGGUGCGUGUGCACGACCCCGCGACGCAGUUGCAACGAAAAGCUAUUGGAAGACGCUGGAAGGCGGGUGGGAGUACAAUCUAGGAAUCCCCAGUCUGUCCACCUCAUCCCUCCCGGAUGAUCCUCGUCUCCUUGAGCUGCGAAAGGCAUGGUCCCGCAUGAUGGAGGUCAAGGCCACCAUCAGCACAUUCGCCCGCGACAAGGCGCGGUUGAAUCCAGACCAGCAGGAUCUGAUCUACCGGGGCAUCUUCCAUCAGCUUGCCGCCUGGCGGGAAACCACUCCCAGCGGCCUCCAAUCUCUCGGAGACUUGGAGCUCACAGAGGAGAAUCUGCAAGCGUUCCCCAUGCCGGACAUGUUAGAGUACUACGGAUGCGUAGAGGCGUACGAAAAGGCGACUCUGGUUCAUCUGCAUCAAGUUGCGGGCGCAGGUCGACCCAACUGGAUCACCGACCGGGCGUACCUCGAUUCUUUGAUCACCCGGAUCGUGGCCCUGAUUCGCAAGUUGACCAAGGACGUCGGCCAACUGGCCGUGUUGUGGCCGCUCUUCAUUGCCGGUCGGGAGACGCGCAAGAGCGAUGAACAGCAGUUUGUGCAGCGCACCAUGCAUGACUUGAAACGAUUUGGUUUCCGCAAUGUCGAUAAAGCCUUGGAGAUUCUCGAAGGCAUCUGGUUCAAGCGACGCGCUUUUCCGGAAGGAUGGACGGAGACGCUGGAAGAGAUCCAAACGAAUAUUCUCCUCCCAUGA